AUGUCGACUUCGGCCGAGAACUUGAGAUAUAUCUACCCGAAAGGUGUCGUUCCAUCGAAUUACAUGACCCGACUCCGAAAGCCAUCCGACGUUUGGAAGGCUUUGAAUCCUCUCCUCUGCCGGCCAGCGGAGAUGCCAAAGCUUCUGAUCUUGCGUGACUGCAAGGCUGAUCCUACUUACGAUGGACUUUAUCCUCGAAACAAAUGUCUUCACGGCGACCCCUUAACCUCAGGCACUUUUGAUGUUGGCGCCGUAGAUUAUCGUGGACACUUUGAUUUCUCUCACGGCGCAUGGUUCUUUCGUCACCUCCCGAAAGGUGCUUCGCGCUCACAGAAACGGGAGAAAGCCGAGUGA